AUGGAUGCGCGCCUGGAGUGUGCGGGUGAAGCGCUGGACCACACGGGGCCGUGGUCAAAGCAGGAGCUCUGCGAUCUUUUCCUGGCGCUGGGCCUCGCGGAGGCAGUGCUGCCGGAGCUUAGCUUGAUGCUCUCGGCCUUCGAAGACCAGGCCGGCCACGUAGACUGUUCGAAGCUAUGGAGGUCCCUGGCUGAGGCGGGCGGAUGUCAGUGUGGCCCCGAUGGAGAGAAGGAGGAAUUUCCACUUACCUCCGUGAUGACACGGGACGAGGCAGCGGAGCUCUGCUUGCCCAGUCAGGUUGAAGGCCACGAUGGUUGGAUGGAUGAUCUGUUGCGUGACUUCUCUGCUGGGUGCAGCAUUCCCAGGGUCGAGGAGCGGGCCAUGCAGAUGCGCCAGCUCAACCUCGUAAUAUCAUGCCUUUGCCAAGGUUGCAACCGCGAUUGGGUUGAUCCUUCAGGCAGGCCAUUGACGCCUCCGCAGGUCAACUUGUAUCAUGUUGUGGACCUACUGGUUCGACCGGCCACCGCUGCCCGUGCCUGCAGCUUCGUGGAGCUUGUGGCAGAGGCGCCUCAGCCAUGUGACUGGUUCGUUUCUCACUGGUGGGGCGAGCCUGUCGUGGACUUCGCGUUGUGCUUGAAGCAGCACCUGCAUGACCGCAAUCUCCAGAAGGAUGCAGCUUACUGGGUCUGUGCUUAUGCAAACAACCAGUGGGCAGUGCAUCAAGAGAUUGGCGCAGACCCAGCGACGAGCAGUUUCCAGCGAGCCAUGGGGAGGGCGGCUGGCACCGUGUCCAUCCUGGACAGAGACGCCGUGUGCUACACGCGUGUCUGGUGCAUCUAUGAGACCUACAUCUCAACCUUGAAGCAGGUAACUGGCGAGAAAGGUCUGGAUGGCUUCACCUAUUACUUCGACAUCUACACGUACGACCCCAAGCAGAAAGAUGCAAUCGGGAUCGCUGAGGGCUUCAUUGCGGCGGAUGGCACCGGCCCAAAGCAAGCUCGGCGCAAGCGGCAUCGGGAAAGCCGGUUUCCCUUCGAGCUUAUCAUGAAAGCUUUCGACAUCCGGGUGGAGCAUGCCGAAGCUACUCGGGAAAGCGACCGGAGAAUGAUAUUGAAUUCGAUUGCGCAGGCUGCUGAUCUGAGCCAAGCGCCUGCUUUGGAACACGAAGGAUACGCAGCCUUGAAUGACGUGCUGCAUGGCCGUUUUGCCGCAGCCUCCUUCGUCAAGGCUGCUGCUGUUGGCACGAAUCUGUCGCGACACGCUGCAGCACUUUCUCGCUCGCGCUUGCACCAGCUGACCCUUCACUUUGGUGGCGACUGCCAGAAGAACCUUAAAGAUGAACAUGUUGCUCUCCUGGCAUGCAGUCUGCCCUUCGAGUCGCUUCAAGACCUGUUCCUCGGUUUCCAGGGUUGCCGUCAACUGUCGGACGUAGCAGCUGUGGCCUUGGGUUCUGCACUCGGAAGCUUAACCCGGCUGCGGCGACUAGAGCUUCGGCUCUCUUCGGGCCCGCAGCUGUCUGACGAAGGAGUUGGUGCCUUGGCAGCUGGCCUCCUGGGUGGAUCGUCGACAUUGGAGAGUCUCAACCUGGACAUCUCCGCGCAGUCACGAAUAACGGAGGCGAGCUGUGGAAGCCUGGCACGAAGCGUGGAACAGAUGCUUUCGCUGCAGCAGGUGCAGAUCAGUCUCAGUGCCGGCAGUCCCGGAGAGCCUCACGUUCCCGACCGCAUUGGUUGCGUCCAUCAUCCUUGCGGAGUCGCUUUUGACCGCACCGGCAGAUACUUCUUCAUCGUGGACCAGAGCAACCACCGAGUCCAGGUUUGGGAUUCCUCGACUCAGGAGGUUCUUGGCGCUUGCGGGUCGAAGGGCCUCGGGCCUGCGCACUUUGACACGCCUUGUGGCAUAGUGGCAGACCGCGAGAACAAGAUCGUGGUGUCGGAUCUGCUGAACCAUCGGCUCCAGGUCCUGGAGUUCAACCCAAGGACUGGGCAUCUGCAGUUCCUCCAUUCCGUGGGCGCUGAGGGGACCGGUCCUUGCCAGUUCUCCUUCCCGAAGGGGCUCGGGCUCACGGAGAACGGUUGUCUUCUGGUCUGCGACUCCGCGAACCACCGUGUUCAGGUCUUGGACAUGGAAGACUUUCACAUGGUGCGGGAGUUUGGAUCAUUUGGCCCUGGCGAUGGGCAAUUUGAUUCACCACUCGCAGCCACCAUCACAUGCACCGGGGACAUCAUGAUAUCUGAUGCGAACAACCGCAUCCAGGUCUUCGAUGCCAAGGGGAGCUUCCUGCGAUCGUUUGGCGUCCGCGGCAAGAAGGAUGGUUUCUUCCAUUAUCCCGUUGGCAUUGCUGUGAACGACGAGAACGCCCUUUUCGUUUGCGAUCAAGGAAAUCAUCGUGUCCAGGUCUUCAAUGCAGCUGACGGCAGCUUCAUCCACAAGUGGGGUGGCUCCAGAAAGAAGAAGGAGCCACCCGCAGAGGACGAGCAGGAGGCCCCUCCGGCUGAGACGGAGGAUGAAGGCGAGAAGCCAGAGGAAUGGCAGGGCUUGCGGUCCCCUGCGGGAAUUGCUGUCAAUGCCAGUGGGAUGAUUGUGGUGGCGAUUGAUUCUGGCAUUUUCUUUAAGGGCUGCAGCUGGGUCCUGGACGCCAUGAACGAGGAGGCCAAAGCGGCUGCAGCCAAACUGGAGGAAAAGGCGAAGCUCAUGGCAUGGCAGGCGGAG